CUGCGCCUGGCUUUGGGACAGCAGGUCCUGGGCGCGGGCGCAGUGGUUUAUGUUCGCCUGGAGGAAUUUGAAGUCCAUUACUGAUAAAAUUAUCAGCAAUCGAUUUAUUGCAGUGUUUGCAUUUAAAAUCACAAUCUUGUGCUAAACGUUUUAAUUUUGCUGUAUAUUCUACAAUCGAUUCGUUCUCCUCUUGUGUCCUUGUAAUGAAUUUGUGUUGAGUUGCCCACAUGCUUGGUUUUACGUCCAAGUAAUCAUCCAAAAUUUUAAUAAGUUCGGCGUAACCGACAUCAGAAGGUUCUUUUGGUGCACAUAGAUCGUAUGCUCUUUGAUGUAAUUCUGGAGGAAUAGAACUUAAAAGCAUGUACAUUUUGGUUUCGUUGUCAUGGCAAUUAUUUAAAAGCAGAAACAUUUCUAAUCUUUUUGUAAAAUUUAUAAAACUUUAUUUUUCUUGUAAUGGUAGAAACAUUAUCUUCGGUACUAUCGUUUCACUGCUUCGAGCGUAUGUAGAUGUAGGUGUUGCGUAGUAUGGUGUAGAAAUAGAUGUUGUAGGGUUAAAUCCUGUAACUUUACUUGUAGCUGUACUAUUAAUUCUUCAGUUAUAUAUAUCUUUCUUCUAUUUUUACCUCCACCUGAUCAUCACAUUCUAUUAUCGAUUCAAUUUCUGUUUGAAUUUGGUCGAACUUCUUUUGAUAAAUUGUCAAAUGUUCUAGUCUUGCUUUUAAUUCUAAGUCUGGAAUUUCUUGUUCAUUUUGUAGUAAAUAGUUUUGUAACGUUUUAAGCUGCCCCCUUAUGGAGGCUCGCGUUCUUCGAAGUUUUUGUAGUUCCAUAUCCUCGUCGCCAAUAUUAUGUAUUAAUUGUAUAUAAAAUUAAAAUAUGUACAUUUUCAUAUAUUCUUUUAUUACAAUGACAAACGUCAAUCACACAUCUAUUUACUUUUUAGUGACCAUACAGUGGCCACGAACACAACAUUAACAAUUUGAAUGCACAUUAGUAUGGACAAAUAUGGACAAAUGGUUUACGGUGAAGAUAGAGGCAAUGCGCGAGUAGCUUUUCGACUUUACGUAGAAAAGUGACCCAGUGCUCGGCACCAACAGAUAGCCGUGUGAUAAUUCGGGCGUAUCAACGUAUUUUGGAUAACCAGCCUGUUGUACCCAGACAAGAAAGGUCUAGAAGACCCACAAGAAGGCGUAUGGAAAACUUUCAAUUUUAAUAACCACGCAAUGGAUCGCAUUAAUUGCUGUCUCAAGUAUUACGAAAUUGUUAUGCACACAUAUCCGAUACACACGGAUAUAGGCAUAAAAUACUACUUUACUUUAAAUAUUUCGGUAGACCGUUUUUACACGUCGGGCAUGAUUUGGAGAGUGUUCAACGAUAAACUAAUCUUAAUAUUAUAAUUAUGUGCCUUAAUAACACGUAAGUAUGACAACGCUAAAAAAAUCAAAAUCAUCAUGUAUUGUCGAUAACCGCGACAUUACUACAUCUACAAUAAAUAUAUAAGUGUGACAUCGGUAUGCUCAAGUGACAUUAUAGUUAGGGUACUACGUUAACAUGGGACUGCAAUUCGAAGGUGCAACUGAUAAUAUAAGUGAACCUCAGUUGGCUUAUAUACGUGGUGUCUUAGAGAAAAGAGGAUAUAAAGACACCAAAGUAACUAUUCAAGCGGUUGGUAAAGAUGGUGAUAACUUCGUCGCUAGUGUUAAAAGAAUUGUGGUUCGAAACGAAAAUGGGGAAUUCCGAAUGAUAGCGAAGAUUGCGACGCAACAUGAAUUAUUAAGAGCUAACAUGGCAUUAGAAAAUAUAUUUAGAAAUGAACAUAUUAUGUAUACUUCGGUUCUACCUAAAUUUCACGAACUGGAAGAACAAGCUGACUUACCUAAAAAAGACAGGCUGAGGUUUCCAGAGUGCUAUGGAUCUUUAACGGCAGCACCACACGAAGUGAUCCUUCUGGAAGAUUUGCAAGUACCCGGUUUUAUCAUGAUGGACAGAUUCAAGACAUUAUCCGAUGAAUGCAUCAGAUCCGUGCUAAGGAACUUUGCCCUCCUGCACUCCCUUUCCUACGCUCUGAAAAAUAAGGAACUGGACGUUUUCAACGAAUACAAAAGUGCCUUAUUUGAUGUAUGGGCAAAUGCGGCGAAUAAAGUAGAAACAACAUUCUUAAAGCCUAUCGAAAAUAUAUUAUUAACGCUGGUAGGCGGAGACCAAAGGAAAAAGCUUAUAAAAGAUAGUAUUGACCACGGGCUCAAGCUGGGCUUAAAAUUGAAGAAACAUGACGAAGACUCGAAACGUUCUGUCAUUCAGCACGGCGACUCAUGGACAAACAACAUAUUGUUUAGAUUUGAUGGUGAUAUACUGCAAGAAUCCAUAUUGAUAGACUACCAGAUAUCAAGAGUAUCUGUACCAACAUUUGAUGUAAUGUACACGAUUUUCAACUGCACCGACCAUAAAACUCGAUUGGAACAUUUCUACGAUUGGAUUGAUUAUUAUCACUCAGAAUUAGAGAAGGCCCUUGGUAAUUAUGGAAUUAAAGCAAACUACAUCUAUUCCAGAGACCAACUAUAUGCCGACUUGAAGAGAUAUGCUAAAGUCUUAUUUGCUGUAUCAUUAAUAGUAGCAAACAAUCUGGUAUUGAAUCCUGAAGAAGCAGCCAAGUUCAAGGAAUCAAUAAAGAAAUCAAUGGAGGAUAGUGAAUAUUCAGAUUUCUCACCAAACGAAGAGGAGACCAAUCUGCUAAAAAAGCGUAAAGUGGAGGAGCUUGUAGACAGUUUUGUGAAGUUUGGGUUAUUGUAAAGUGAAUAGAGAGUUGAGAAGGAGAGAGCCGUUUAUUACAACCUUUUGCAGUGAAACUUCUUCAGAAUCGUUGUGAUUUGAAACUAGAUGAAACGAAAAUGCGUCACGAUAUUUGAAAAGGGAAUAGCGUCCAACCAGUUGCAUGCUACAUUUUGCAUCCUUAUAUUCUUUUGUUAUAUUGUAUUUAAUAAAUGUGUUUGCGCCUGCAUAAUACCAAAUAUAAUAAACCUUAUAUUUAUACUAAUACUCCUGAUACUCUUUAUUUAUCCCAGUCUCUCGUGGUCUAUUUUUCAGAAAUUUCACUUCUGCCUUUUGUGAAUUAUACACACACUUUUUAUUCCAAUUGUAAAUUCGAUGGAAAGAAUAAAAUAUUGUCGCGGUACACGUGGUAUACACAGUGCAAUUUUGACAUUGCCUAAAUAAAUAAUACCACAUACUCCUCAUCACCUUUACUAAAAUUGUGCCAAAAAUCGUCGAUGAAUAGCGAAUAUUUUCAUCACACAUCCCGGUGUUACUUUUUAAUUUUUAUUUAUUUUAUAGUUUAGUGCGAAUAUGGCGUUUGCGUGAAUGUAUUUUUUGAGUGAAAGUGUGAUGGUGCAGCUGCGACGAAUUCUCUAAGAGUAGUAAAGGCAUAAGAGCUUGUAAAAUUACUUUUUAUUGAUAUUUAUUUUGUUCGACUAACUUGUUAUAAAACGUUACUCUCAAGGAGAUGUAUAUAUAGCAUCAUUUAGUAAUGCAAUGUUAUAAUGUCCUUGUACAAAAAGAAAAAAAACAAAUUAGUUAAAACACAUUCAAUGUCCAGGCCGCGCCAACUACUUGGCAAUCUUAACACAAUCUGUGUUAUGACAGAGAAAACACAGUACUAACCAUCAGAGCCCGCCACAUACUGAAUGUACGGACGCCAUAUCAACAUUACUAUUACAAAGAGGAAAACUUUGUUGGUGUGUAGGGGCUAAUUUUAAAA